CCUAAUACAGUUUGGCAGCCACAAUACACUAAUCAGCUGUUUGUUUACCUUUUAAUUAACAAAAAUACAUUAAAUGCGCUGCGCUGUACGAAAUUGCGGAAAUAACAAUCGCAAUUGCAAUAGAACGAAAUGGCGAUACUUUCACUUUCCCAAAGAGCAGCCAAACCUCCAAAAGUGGAUUGAUUUUUGCCAGCGCGAUAAUAUUAACCCCGCUACAGCCUGCAUUUGCAAUGAGCACUUUGCACCCGACGACUUUGAGCGAAAUAUGCAGUACGAACUGGGCUUCAGCCGCAAAAAUCCAACAAAACUGAAGCCCGGCUCAUUUCCCAGUGUAAAUGGACCCCAAAAGUUGGCGAAAAAUCUGCGUGGAAGAGUCAAAAAGAGCUCCACAAAUGUUUCCUUAGCUGCGUCUUCGAAAAUUAACAAUAUUGAAUCUGAAUUACUCCUGGAAGAAACGCAUUCAUCGGAAGGCCACGAAACCAUAGAAAUCCAACUUUGUGAUUUUACAACAGAUUUUGAGGGCUUCGAAGAAAGUUCCUCCAGUUUUUUCGAAAAGGUCGCAAAACCGAUCAGUAAAUCUGAAAGGCUUACGACCUCCCAGUCACCUGAGGAUGCCGACUGUCCUUCAAAUCACAGGCACUGGGAAGUUGAAAUUUUGGAUCCCCUCAACCCGCCGUCAAAUGCCAAGGAUCAUGUGGAGAUCAUCGAUUCGGAAGGGGACAACUAUGUAAAGCACUUGGAGCUCGAAGUAUGCUCCCUGAAACGUGAGAUAUUUUUCCUCAAAGACGAACGCCAAAAGCUUAAGGAUGAAAUUCGUAAUCUCAAGGAAACAAUUCAAAAAUCAGAAGUCCAAGAAAUCGCAGAAAAACAACUGCAAAUUUUUGUAAAAAGCAGCAAGGUUGGUUUGAGAUUUUUGUAUAUUCCUUGGGUAACAUAUAAUAUUUAUUAUUUUAGAGGUCUCCACAAGAUUAGAAAUGCUUUUUCAGAUAUCUGCAACGAAAACCUAAUCUUUAACGACUGACUAGCUAUUAAAAUAUUAGUGAAAACAUUAAACGUAAUUAGAUGUUAAUGUAUAGCAUAAUAAUAAAAUAUUUCAUGUGUUUAUU